AUGAUCAACAUGGCUCAGGAAUCGCUUUCAUCAUUGGUUCAAACAUGGCUUCAGUGGGACCAGGACCCCACGACUCGCGCGGAAAUUGAACAGCUGCGCGAUGCCAAUAACACCAAAGAACUGGAGCUGCGCCUCCGCAGUCGAAUUGAAUUCGGCACCGCAGGCUUGCGUGGCCGUAUGGCUGCAGGCUUCACCUACAUGAACUGCUUGACGGUGAUUCAAGCUUCACAGGGACUCGCCAAGCAUAUUCAAAGCAAAGGCCCGGAGAUCGCUUCCAAAGGUGUCAUUAUUGGACACGAUGCGCGUCAUUACUCCCACAAAUUUGCUCAGCUUGCUGCCAAUGCUUUCAUUGCGCUGCAAAUUCCGGUCAAAUUUAUCGACGAGUCGGCGCCAACUCCCCUCGUUGCCUUUGGAGUGCAUCAUUUCAAGGCUGCUGCGGGUGUAGUAGUGACUGCAAGCCAUAACCCGCCUCAGGAUAAUGGCUACAAAGUUUACUCCAGCAAUGGUGCCCAGAUCAACCGGCCCGAGGAUGGUGAGAUCGCACAAUCAAUCCUUGAAAACUUGGGACCCUGGCCAAAUGCCUGGGAAGAAGGCCGACGCUCAGGGGAGUACUUUGAGGAAGAAGCUCUCCAAGAGAUUCUGGUGCCUUUCCAACGUCGAGUCAAAGAAUAUGCGGUAUCGACUGUGUCGCAUAUGCAUCCGCCCCGGCCAUUUGUCUAUACCCCCAUGCACGGCGUAGGAGCGAUUCGAAUCAGCUCUCUGCUCAAAGAGAUGGGUAUGCACGAAGAUAAAGAGUAUAACAUUGUUCCCCAACAGGCGCAGCCGGAUCCCAAUUUUUCAACGGUGAAGUUCCCCAACCCUGAAGAGGCUGGAGCUCUGGAUCUAGCAAUCCAGGUCGCGGAUCAACAAAACAAGACUUUGAUCUUCGCCAACGACCCAGAUGCAGACCGCUUUGCAGUGGCUGAGAAAGUUGAUGGUAAAUGGUUCCUUCUUACAGGAAACCAUGUUGGAGUUCUUUUUGCCUCUCAUCUUUUCGAUACCAUCACCUCCGAUGUAGACGCGUCGAAAAUUACGGUUCUCACCACCACCGUGUCGAGUGGAAUGCUUCAGAAGAUGGCUGAGUCCAAGGGUAUUCAGUUCAAGGAAACUUUGACCGGUUUCAAAUGGAUGGGCAAUGUGGCUCAGGACCUUGAAAAGUCCGGACAGAUAGUGCCAUUUGCCUAUGAGGAAGCACUGGGCUAUAUGUUCCCAGCCGUCAGCUACGACAAAGAUGGUAUCACCGCUCUUUCAGUCUUCUCUAUGGCAGCUGCAAAGUGGAAGGCUCAGGGAUUGACCGUGUUCGACAAGCUCCAACAACUGUUCAAAGAGUUCGGCCACCAUGAAACUUUGAACAACUAUUUCCGAUCUCCCAGUGCCCAACUUACACUGGAGCUAUUCCGUGGAAUUAGACGCGGCUCUUUCCUCCCUAACAUGCAGCUUGGCAAAUUCAAAAUCCUGAGAUGGAGAGACCUGACUGAAGGAUAUGACACUGCAUCGUCUGAUCACAAGCCUGAUUUGCCCGAAGACCCCACUAGUCAGAUGAUUACGCUGUGGUUGGAAGGUGGAGUGCGCUUCACGUUCCGCGGCUCAGGUACCGAGCCGAAGGUUAAGUUUUAUAUCGAGUGUUGUGGCGAUUCUCGGGAGGAUGCCGUGAAGGCAGUCUGCGAUGCCUUCUUUGCGAUUUUGAAGGAAUGGGUUCAGCGAUACACCCCUUCCAUGACGUACAAUAAUGAGCUUCCCACCUCGUCGGGAUCUAUUUUGCUGGUGGACAAGGAAUCGCUGUCUGUUUGA